CAACAUCCAACUGCAAUCGCGUCUAGACCAACCGUCCAAUAUUUGCCAACAUGGCCGCACGUUUUUUGUUGGUUCUCGUUUGCGUCGCUGAGUUGGCUUCAAUGAUAGCUGCGGACGGUCACGGCGGUGGUCACAAGAAGGUGGUCAUCCACGUGCCGUUGUUCGUGAAGCAUCAUCACCACAAGCACACUAUCGUGAAGCACGUUCAUCACAAGAGCGGUGGUGGUGGUGGUGAUGAUCAUUACGAGGUUCUAGGAUACACGUAUGGUGAACCUAAAGGUGCACCUCAUUUUGGUGGUGGUCAUGGAUGGGGUGCUGCAGACGAGAGUCAUGGGCAUGAGGAUUCCCCUGUCAGCUUCGAAGGUGGAGACCACGGUAGCUACGGACUUUCAGGCGACGACACAGGCCACGGAUAUUAAGCUAUAAAAGAUCUAUUAUUAUC